ACCUUCCCUCUCAUCCCUCUCUUCCUAUCCCAACCUUUCUCUUGCUCCUUCUAAUUUCUUGUGAGAUUCUUGAACUUUGAUUGAACUCUUGAGAUUGAGUUAAGUUCUCCUCCUACAGCUUACCCCAUAGUGCGUCGAAAGCCAUAGCGUCGCGAAUACUUCAUCAAUCAACAUGAUUCAAAACGCCAUGUGGGAGGCGGUGCUGCCACUAAGACUGCUGAGGGGUAUGGAGCUGCAGGGCGCGGCAGAGGAAGAGGGGGUUGGAAAGGCCGAGGCCGUGGGAGGAGCUUUGGCAGAGGUAGAGGCCGAGGUGACUAUAAUGAGGGGCAUGGAAGCUCCAGUGGCAGGGGGAGUAUCAGAAUGGAGGGCACCUGCUGGUACUGCAAGAAGAUAGGGCAUCCUUGGUUCAAGUGCUUCAGCAGGCCGGAGGGAUGGGCACCUCCAGGCAUGAAGCCGCCCAGUGGUGAACGCGCACAAGGUGGCGCUGUGCAAGGCUCAGGUGCACAAGGUGAAGGUGCACAAGGUAAUGCCUAUCCUGGUUUGUUUCUUAUGGUUGAGGAUGUGCAUGGACAUGAGGGUGAUGUGGGAUCUGUGGGAAAGGUUGUGAUGCACCCUCUCACGCACUGGGUGAUUGAUUCGGGUUGCACCAGUCACAUGACCCCACGGGCAGAUUUGCUUGAUGAGGUAAAACCCCCUGGGAAGAUUAAGUAUGUGGCAGCAGCAUCAGGUGCUUUGCUCCCUGUGAUUGGUGUUGGAAAUGCCAAGGUUAAGGGAGCUAAUGGGGAGCUUGUGGGGCUUGGGAAUGUUCUGCUAGUUGAAGGUUUGUCUGCUAACCUUCUCUCUGUGCGACGACUGCAGAAGAGCAAGGCCGAAGUGACCUUUGGACCAACCAGCUGCCGUGCUAAGCUUGGGAAGAAGGUGCU